GCGGCGAAUUGGCGGGGAACACCACGGCCGCAAGCGAUAUUACAGUGGGCAGCACUGAGUAGCCAGACUGAGUAGCCAGCCACUCCCUCGGAUCUCAUCCAACACGGCGACACGCUGCAGGACCAAGCCCUAACACACGGCAGAGAAGAGCACCAUCUGGCGCCAUGGUUCCACCACUGAUCUCCCUCGAGGAGCAUUUCCUCUUCUCCACAGACAGCAGCUUCGAGGCCAAGUUCUCAGAGCAGCUGAAGCAUCUUCCCGGCCUGGCCAGCAGGCUCCGGCUCGGCGACCUGCGGCUCCAAGACAUGGACGCUGGGCGGAUCUCAAUCCAAGUCAUCUCACACGUACCCGGAACGUUGUCCACGUCGCAAUGUCGAGCCGCGAACGAUCAAUUGGCCACGGCUGUCACCCAGAACAAGUCUCGAUUCGCGGGCUUUGCUGUCCUUCCCAUGAAGGAGCCUGGUGCUGCCGCGAAUGAGUUGAUUCGAUGCGUUCGCGAGUUAGGGUUCGUCGGAGCCUUGAUUGACAACCAUGUCGAUGGGAGAUAUUACGAUGGCAAGGAAUAUCAUCCUGUUUUUCAGGCCGCACAGGAUCUCGAUGUUCCCAUCUAUUUGCAUCCAACCUGGCCCUCGGAAGAUAUGGCACCUCAAUAUUCGGGGAACUUCAGUGAUGGCGCGGCUGCCAGUCUCGGCGCGUCCGGGUUUGGCUGGCAUUCGGAGACGGCGCUGCAUGUCCUGCGCCUAUUUGCAGCAGGUGUCUUUGAUAAAUUUCCGAGGGUCAAAAUCGUCGUGGGACAUUUUGGAGAAAUGCUUCCGUUCAUGCUCCAGCGAGUGUGCGAUUUAUCCGUGAGAUGGGGAAAGUUUGAGCGGCAGUUCAAGCAAAUCUGGGAUGAGAAUAUUUGGAUCACGACGAGUGGAGUGUGGUCAAUUGAUCCGAUGGCUUGCAUUUUGAGGAAUACAAAUAUCGAGCGAAUACUCUACAGUGUGGACUAUCCGUUUGCAACGAACGAGAAGGGGUUGAGCUGGAUGGAAGAGUUAGAGAGGAGUGGGUUGGUAGGGAAGGAUGACCUUGAGCGGAUUGCAUUCAAGAAUGCAGAGUCGUUGUUAAAGCUUAAGGUGACGGAGACGGCGUUUUGAGUGGGAAUGAGGGUCAGAGGAGGAAUGAUCGGUAUAUGAGGUGUUUUAGUUAUGAAAUUUCAAUUUUUCUUUUUGGCCUUUCGUAAUUUCCGGGGCGUCUCUUGUAGUCGCAUUCUGAAAAUGUUGUCUGCACUCUCUCAUAGCUAAGUCUCGAAGGCCCC